GCCACUGACGUGCGGGAGAUGAAUGGGAACACGAUCUCCUCCAGAGAUUAAAAAAUUGCUCCACAAAUUCGCUUGUUUCAAAGUCAAAACUGCAACUUGGCUGAGGGAAGAGGAGCGAAUUCUUCCCUCCUCGCGGGAUUGCUCCACUGGUGGCAAGCUGGGAGCCAUGGAAUCAACGCAAUCGGCACAGGCUCCAGCGAAUGGCCAUCACCAUCGAUCGCAGCACAGCACACGCGCCGCCCUCAAUCAAAUCGGCGCCAAGGGCGGCAUCGCCAUCGUCGUGGGAUCGCUCUUCGCGGCGGUGGUGAGCAUGUGUGUGGUGGCGUUCUGCGUGUGGAUGUGGGGCAACAGGGGCGGCAGUGGAUCGAUCGACCAGGAGCAGCAGCAGCUGGGCGAUCAUCAUCAGCCGCGAGCAAUCGCGUCGCAGGGGCUGAGCAGCAAGGCGAUCGACAGGAUCCCCAAGGUGAGCUUCGCGACGCUCUUCCAGAUUCGCGGCGCCAGCGACGUGUGCUGCCCGGUGUGCUUGACCGAGUUCCAGGCGUCGGAUCACAGCGGCACCAUCUGGCUCAUCCCCGGCUGCAACCAUUCCUUCCACUCGGAGUGCAUCCAAAAGUGGCUCGCGGCCCACACGUCGUGCCCGGUGUGCCGGGUGACGAUCAAAGACUAAGAUGAAAGAAGAUAAACCCUAAAGUUUGAAAAGUUUGAACUGAGGAGAAAAGCCUGUGGCUGCUGGGAUUCGAGCCCAGGUCUCCACGGCCACAACGUGGAAUUCUAACCACUAAACUACAGCCACAUUAGUUACUGUGUAUGAGUAACUAUUGAGAUUGGUAUGAUUUGAAUGAUAAAAUUCUUGACUUAGCUUUACCACA